AUGGCUUUUCUCAUUUACAAGUGGCGCCGAAGGCAUUUGUCAAAGUAUGAUUUGGUAGAAGAGUUAUUGAAAGCAAGCAAUGGCCUUAUGCCUAUCAAGUACUCCUACAGAGAAAUAAAGUCCAUGACCAACAAUUUCAGGGACAAAUUAGGUGAAGGGGGAUAUGGAUCAGUAUACAAAGGAAAACUGCGAAGCGGAGGUUUAGUCGCUGUGAAGAUGUUAAACAAACCAAAAACCAAUGGACAAGAGUUCAUCAAUGAGGUCGCAACUAUUGGAAGAAUUCACCAUGUCAACGUGGUUCGGCUUGUGGGAUUUUGUGUAACCUUCUCAAAGCGUGCUUUAGUCUAUGAUUACAUGCCUAACGGCUCACUGGACAAGUUCAUAUUCGCAGACAAAAUAAAUUCACAUACAUUCGGUUGGAAGAAAGCAUAUGAGGUUGCAGUUGGCAUUGCUCGAGGGAUUACGUACUUGCAUCAAGGCUGCAACAUGCAGAUUCUGCAUUUUGAUAUCAAACCACAUAACAUCCUUCUUGAUGAGAACUUUGUCCCAAAAGUUUCUGACUUUGGACUCGCUAAAUUGUAUCCCGUUCAAAAUGGUCAUGUCGCAACUCUUACUGACAUCAGAGGAACAAUAGGCUAUAUAGCUCCUGAACUGAUAUACAAGAACAUUGGGAGAGUUUCUUACAAGGCAGAUGUGUAUAGUUUCGGAAUGUUACUCAUGGAUAUGGCUGGUAGACGACGGAUGAAUGUUGAUGCAAAUGCAGAUCGUUCAAGUCAAAUGUUCUUCACCUCGUGGAUAUAUGAUAAAUUUGAUCGAAAUAAGGACAUUGAGAUCGAUAGUGAUGUAAGUAACGAGGAAAAAGCAAUCGCAAGAAAACUGAUUUUGAUCGCGUUGUGGUGCAUUCAAAUGACACCGGAUGAUAGGCCGUCAAUGAAAGAAGCCCUAGGAAUGCUUGAAGGUGAUCUUGAAAAAAUGCAAUUGCCUCCUAAGCCAUUGUUGUUUCCUCCAGAUUCGGCUGUGCAUAUUCAAAGCGCUGAUGGUUCUUCUUUUGGUAGUUCCUCUGAAGGGUUGAUCCAACCACUUUGCAGAUCAGUUACUUUGGAAAUUGAAUGA